GGAACAGACCCCACCCCUUCAGGACCUCAGUUCGGUGACUACAUGUCGGAAGUGUGAAGGGGGCCGUCAACCAAGCUGACUUUCCAGGAUAGACCUCCGAAAGGGACAUGGUGUUAAAUCCAGUUAUAUCCAAACUGAGAGGUAAGCUUGUUGUCCUGGCAAGUGCAUCCCCAAGACGCCUGGAGAUUUUGACGAAUGCUGGUUUACGAUUUGAGGUUGUGCCCUCAUGGUUUAAAGAAACCUUGGACAAAUCCUUAUUUAAAACCCCUUAUGAAUAUGCAGUGGAGACGGCCAAACAGAAAGCUUUGGAGGUGGCUCAGCGAAUGCCUUUUAAACACCUGAAAACUCCAGAUAUUGUUAUUGGAUCAGACACUGUUGUGACAGUUGAUGGUUUGAUCUUGGAAAAGCCUACGGAUAAACAAGAUGCUUACCGUAUGCUGUCCAGGUUGAGUGGUAAGGAACAUAGCGUCUUCACAGGUGUGGCUAUUGUGCUCUGCAAUAACAAGAGUGGUUCAGACACAGACUACAAAGUGGUAGAUUUUUAUGAAGAGACUAAAGUUAAGUUUGCAGAGUUAUCUGAGGAAAUGCUCUGGGAAUAUAUCAACAGUGGAGAGCCCAUGGACAAGGCUGGUGGUUAUGGCAUCCAGGCUUUGGGUGGCAUGUUGGUGGAGUACGUGCAAGGAGAUUUUCUUAACGUGGUGGGCUUCCCUCUUAACCACUUCUGCAAGCAGAUGGGAUUGAUUUUCAAUAGUCCACCUGAGAGUCUUGCCCAAAAGAUAAAACGGGAAGAUUCAAGAGCAUCUGAUGAGUCAUGGACUCUGGUCAACAGCCUGUCUAAGAUUUCCAGAAAUGGAGAGGUUGCUCUGCAGGAAAUCAGUAACGGUAAAGACGCCAUUCGGACUUCUGUGCAAGAACAGAAUGUGAUGAGGCCAAAUUGUGCUAAGUGUGGCAGACAGGAUGUCCCCCACAGUAUCGUGGACUUACUGGAUGGGUUCAAAGCCUCAAAGACUUUAUUCACUGCAUCCAAACUGAAGGUCUUUGAUGUAUUGAGUAUCUCUGACGGUCUGACAUUAGAAGAGGUAGCUGACCAAAUCAACGCCACUGUUAUUGGCACUGAGAGGCUUCUGGAUGCUGCUGUAUCCUUAGGGCUACUUGAAAAGGCCAAACAGCAAGAUAAAAGCAAUGCAGUGUACAGAAAUACAGAAGAGGCCAGUCAGUUCCUGGUAUCAGACAGCCCACAGUCUCUGCAUGGAUAUAUCCUCCACUGCAACGACAUGGUCUGGCCUCUCUUUAGUCAUCUAGAGAGUGCGGUCAGGGAGGGCACCAGCCAACAUGAGCGUGCCUUUGGGAAGAAGAAUGAAGAUGUGUUUCAGGAUGCCUACUACAGUAAAGAUGAAGUUAAGAUGCGAUUCAUGAAUGCAAUGCACAGCAUCGCAAGGGUGACUGGGAAAGACGUGGCAACAGCAUUUGAUCUUUCUCCAUAUAAAACAGCCUGUGAUAUUGGAGGUUGUACGGGUGCCAUGGCAUACGAGUUUACAAAAGCCCACCCUGGACUGUCAGUAAUUGUAUUUGACUUGCCACAAGUCAUUGAGAUGAGAUGUCACUUUCAGCCUAAAGAAGACAAUGACAGAGUUUCCUUUGUUGCAGGAGACUUCUUUAAAAGUGACCUACCUAAAGCAGACCUGUAUAUCCUUGCACGGAUUCUCCAUGACUGGUCUGAUGAGAAACUUGAUAUACUGCUGAGUAAACUGUCCAAAAUAUGCACACCAGGCUGUGGGCUUCUGGUGUCUGAGAUUCUUCUGGAUGAGGAGAGGAAAAGACCGAGCCGGGCCUUGCUCCAGGCCCUCAGUAUGACUGAAGGAAAGCAACGGAGCACCACAGAAUACUGUGACCUACUGGAGAAGCAUGGCUUCACCCCCAAACACAUAAAACACACAGACAACCUGCUGGAUGCCAUGCUCUUUGUGAAAGAAGACCCAAAUGACAGAAGAACUUUACUAGCCUGUUCUUCGGCAUCCAUUGAGACAGCAGAACUUGAGUGAUGUGAAUGUUGUGCAUUUGAAACACUACAGAUUAUUCUAGUUCAUUAACUGUAAAAAAAAAAAAAAAAAAAAAAUUGUAAAGAAAGACUAUGCACGUUGCUGAAAAAAAAAAAAGCAAAAUAACAAUGCGUACAUAAUUAACAUGAAUUAUAUAAACAUUUGAUUUUAUUAUUGUUCUCACACACUGAAAUAAAUAUGCUUUUGAAUGAAAA